AGAAAUAGAGAGUGCAUCAACAUACUAUUGGAAUUAUCAAAGAUAUCAAAUGAUCAAUGAUUAUGUUCAUAGAUCACCACUUGCUCCACCAAUUAUUAUUGUUUGGCAUUUCUAUGAAGCAUAUAAAGCUAUUGGAAAUCAAUGCGCAAGUUUAAGAAAUGCUGAAACAGCAAAAUAUAAUCCAUUUUGUGUACGAUUUACCGAUGUGAAAAAAGAAAGGGAAAUGGUCAAAUGGGAGCAUAUGAAAGCUAUGGAUUAUUUAAGAGAACCAUCAACUAAAGCAACUGGGAAAAGAGGUGUAGCUGAAUCACGUGCUGUGGUAUUUCGUGGUGGUGGAGGUGUUGGUCCUGGUCAAGGACCAGUAAUGGAUUUAAAAAGUGAAAUGUCCAGUGUUACAGAGGGUAUUGGAAUGGAGUUAGAAAAACGUUUCAAAGAGAUUGAUAAUCAAUUUCAACGUUUUAAUGAUGUUGAUUCACGUUUGAAUGAUGUAACACAAUUAUUAACAAAUUUAUCUGAAGUAAUCAGUAAUGUGACUGAAACACAACAACGAAUUAUUCGACAAAUAAAUGAACUUCCUACUUGUCAAUGUAAUGAAUUCACUGAUGAGGUUGUUCCUGUACAAAAAUCCACUACAACUCAAGCUGAUUCAGGAACAGCAGAAACUAGAAAACGUACAAAACUAGAAGUAGCUAUUCAAUCUGCAUUAGAAGCAGCUAAAGAUGUACUACGACCACCAACACCACCACCACCACCGCCACCACCUCCUCCACCCCCAAGGGAAUCACCUGUUCUAUUAGCUGCUGUUGUUCCUGGAUCCGAAGAUGAUUCAAGUGGUUCAGAAGAAGGUGGUGAUCCUUCAGCCGAUCCAGUCAUAGUACCUCAAGUUCCAGAUAUUAAAACUGGAAGAGUUAUCGAAAGAACAUUAGGUGAUCAUCGAUUAUGGAGAAUGGCUCCAUUUAAUUUUGAAAAAUAUCCUGGAAUGAGAAUGAAUGUACCACCGGAACGAAUGGCAUGGACUGUA